GGUUAAUUUGACGUUUGUUUUGUGAUUUUGGGUAUUUGUUGUGUUUUUGUUAUUUAUUUUAGUCCAUUUUCUAUCGAAUUAAUAAGGUUGUGGAUACGAAAAUUGUAAUAUUCAAUUUACUUAUUAAGAGCAGUACAGUACGCAGUAAGAGUAUUGAAAUAUAGCAAUCAAUUUCUAGUAAUAUAUAUAUUUAAUUUUUUUGGUUAUGAUUGUUGUGCCUGUUCUGUUAGUACUACUGUAAAUAUGAUUCAGCGACCAAAACCAGGAGACGAUGAAGAGGAUAUAUUACGCAUGCAGCGAGAAUUCCUACAAGACAAAACCUUACAGCCUUCCGCGCAAGUAGUUAACUUACGAAAAACUGAACACCAGACUACCAAGAGAACUAUUCCAACGUCUUCAGAUGCUCGGAAACCUUCCAAAUAUGCUCAAUCCAAAGGUUUAAAAGAAAAACGACCUCGCAUUGAUAAUGCGGGACAGCUCUUGGGCGCUAUUAUAGAAAAGAAUAUCCCAGAAGCACACGAGCCUUCUGAACCUGAUGAUGAAAUCCUCCCAGUGUUGAAUGAGUCAACUGAAAUCGAUGAUGACAAAGUAUACUACCCAAAAGCUUUGCCUCUUAUCCUUGGAAACAUUGUGGAGAAGAGCUGUAAUGACAAUUUUGAUUUGGAUUUUAAACCAAUGCCUUCUAAAGGAUUCCCAAUUGUCACUAAACGUGAUCCCAAUAUUAAACCUGGCACAAAAAGUAUUUACGCACAACAUAUUGAAAAGACAAAAAAACUCAUAGAUGUUAUGGAUGUGGAUCAGCCUUCAAGCUCUUUGCAAUCUUUGAAAGUGAAUUCCAAAGAUCUACACAUGCCUAGCCAAAGUUACAUGGUGGCAAGUGAUGAAGCCAAUGAGAUACACGGGGAAAAUGUUAAUAUAUUAUUGAAAAUGUCAGAACAAGAUAUUCUUCAAGAACAACAAAAAUUACUGUCAAGCUUGGAUCCUAAAUUAGUUGAAUUUAUCAGAGCCAAAAGGGAAGCCAAUUCACAAAGUGUACAAAAUAUCAAAACUGAAAUAAAUGAUUGUAAAAUGAGUGUAACAGAGGAAGGAAACCAAAAUGAAAUUGACAAAUCCACAACAAAUGAUUCUCUGUGGGAGAAUGAUGUUCUGUCUCACUCUGAAAUCCACAAAUGGCUUCAUUUUGAGAAUUUAGAAAAAGAUAAGCUUGAAUGGUUAAAGGGAAUCAAAGAAAGCAAAGUUAAAUCUGAUGAACCUUACGAAGCCAGAUUUGAUUUUAAUGGUUACCUGCUUCCAUAUGCAAUAGAGUACUGUGAGAAAACUAAAACCUUAUACCAUCACGGAGAAGAAGCACACAGACCUGGGUACUCCAUCACAGAGCUCAUUGAACUCACUAGAUCCACUGUUACACAGCAGAGAGUUAUGGCUCUGAACACUAUAGCAGGAGUUAUAGAGUAUUAUAAUGCUGGUAUAUACAAAGACAUUAUAGAAAUACCUUUGAGUAAAAUAUUCUUUGUUAUAAGAAUAGCUAUGGAUGAAAAUAAAGUAAUUCUAUUAGAGCCUGCUCUGAGAGCAAUGAGAAAUUUGCUUUAUAAUAGAAUAGAUGAAGCAUGUCUGGAUGCUUUACUUGGCUUUGAGGAGGGUACUUAUCAACCUUGCCUCCAAAAUGAUAAAUCAGAAAUUGAAGAGAUAGAGUCUAAAGAGACUGAAUUGAAUGAUUUUCAUUUAGCAGAAAUAGAUCUUAUAUCAGCUGCUCUAAGAACGGAUAUGUUGCAGAGGCUUUUCUAUAUUUUAGAUACUGUUAAACCAAGUUACAAUGCUGUUCAGUACUCAUUGCAAAUUUUGAUAAGGUUAUCUAGGAAUUCCAUUGAGACUGCAAAUAUAAUAGUGCAGACUGAUCAUUUGAUGAAAUCUAUUGUAUCUAAUUUCAUACCAACAACAAGUAUAAACUUUGCUGUAAAUCCUAAAUCUGUUUACAAUGGAAAGCCUGUUUUGGCAGCUCUUAAGCUAAUGAGAAUUCUUUCCCUGCAGUCCAGAGAAAUUGGUGAAACAUUAAUAACAAAAUGUGAAUUAUUAAAACCAACAUCUGUUUUUAUAAGUUCUGGAAUAGAUGGCACAUAUGGUUUGAGAUUACAGAUAGAAGCUUUCUGUAUAUUAUCUAAUUUACUAACUUAUGGGCUGGGCAUAGAAAAUGCCUUGGAAUUGAACCCUGUGAUAGUUACAUCGCUUUAUAAACACGUACAAGGUACAGAUGUAACCACAGGGUCUUCAGUACUAUCUGCCACUCAUGCUGCAGUGGUGCUACAGUUUGUCAAUAAGCUACUCAAAUGUAACAUGCUCAACUUAGAAAGCUACAAACAACAAAUUUACCCUCUCAUGAGAGAAGGAAUACAGAAAUGGCUGUCACAAACGGCUUGCAUUGAUAAUUAUACAUGUGGUCAUUUACGGCUAUUAUGUUCAGGAUUAGACUGCUGCAUAACAAUUUUAGAUAAUGAGAAGAUUUCACUGAAGUUUUUGAAUGAUACCCUAAGAAGAUUUUCAUCAUCAAAAGGAUUUAAAAUCAUUCUGAAUAAUAUAGUGCAGAGCUCAAACCUAUUGUCAGACAUUGAAGAUGGGGAUAUAAUGUUUAAUAAAAAUCUUACAAGUGCCGGCACUGCUAUUAUGCAUUCAAAGCACAAAGUGCUGCCAAUUUUGAAUGUAGUUUCACCCAUACCACUUUUGCUAUCAUUAUUCAAAUUGUUAAACAUCAUUGGUGACAAAGAAGUAUCCAAUAUUUUUGUUGAUAAACUUUUGAGCUAUUUACAACAAUUAUCAAAGAAACAUCUAACUUUAACUAACAAUUGGUUUACUAGAAUGGAAGUGGAACUCAUAUUUAGCAUCAUUAAACUGUCAGUCCAGUGCGAUGUAACUGAGUCUGUGAAGGAUAUUAUUUACGUGACAGCAAAUAAACUUUGUUACAUUUUGAGAAAAGAUAAACAAUAUGAGUUGGAAUAUUUAUUCAAUAGUAUAAUAUUUAACAAGCAAUGGUUUACAACAGAUAGAUUAUUUAAACUGAUUUCGUUGACAGAAGCUGAUGGUCUGGCUGCCCUGACAAGUGUAGAAGAGAUAAAAUUAUGUUACAGUAAAGUUAUCAACAUAAAACAAGAAGAACCAAACUACAGUAUUGUACUAAAAGAAUGGCAGGAGCCUGUUUUGCCCAGAGAUUGGAUAUAUUUACCAAUACUUUCUUUGUACUGCACAAGUCAAGAAAUAAAUUUGAGCCCAUCUGUAUCUGUUCUUGAUAACAAAAUAUCAAAACAGCUAGAGACUGAAAAGGAGUCAAUUAUAAGAUGCAGCUUAGAAUGGGUAUUGUUCAACGAGGUCAUGUUUCCAGAUCUAAUAAAUGACAUAGAGGUGACUGACAGAUUUUGUAGAUUGUUGUGUGUCUUUUUGUGCGACAGUUCACUAUUUUUGGAUAAAAAUAUUAAUCUAUUACUAAGGAAAUGUAUGAAAAUACUUUACAAAAAUCCUCAAAAGUUUAAUUUUGAUAAGCAAAUAACAGGUCUUAGUAAUUUUCAAGAUUUCUACACACAGAUUUUGGAACAAUUUCAGUCUGUAAGCUACGGGGAUCACACAUUUGCAUCUUGUGUGUUAGUACCCCUAGCUCAAAAGCACAACGUGAAAUGGCGAAAACUAUUGUGGUCGGAGUAUGCUGGCUGCUUAAGAGCUCUUGAUUGUCCUUUGGAUGACUUGUGCUAUCAUUUAGAUGACUACUACUAUCCAGCAGAAACAGAUGAAUCUCUCUUGAAAUCAUAUUCCAGGGCUCUAGCAAGUAAUUUACUGAGACCUGGCACAAUUGUUUACAAUAUAGCCCAACAUCAUGUGGACUGUUACAAAAAACAGAAAAAUGUUAUAGAAGAAAGUAAUAAAUGAAUAACUUCUGUUGCAAAUAAAAACUAUAAAAUUUA